AUGUCGAACUUUGAGCCAAACGCCGUGAUCCGCGGCUUCCAGCUCACAGUGGUAGGAACGGUUCGUGCAUUGACCAACCCUGAACUCUUCAAAUAUGACCACUUCCGCCAAGCAGCUCUUGCUAUAGCCGUUGGAAUAGUCAUCCAGUUGAUCAUCCAGAUUCCGAUUUUGAGUGUGAAAUUCUCUAUCUGGCUAUUGUCAUGGGUCGUCAAUCUGGAAAAUGCUCUCUGGGACGAUAAGCUUUUGACUGGCUUGGAGUUCAUGUCCAAGUCAGUCCUCCAAGUGCCAUUCAUGCUGAUGACUCUGAUGAGAUAUGUGACACCAACUCUGGAUGAGAUCUUCAUGCAAUCGAUCCAGUGGGUGGACAUGACAUACAUUCAGAAGCAUAAGACAGAGGACCCCAAUCAGCUUCGAGCUAUGUACUAUCCCCACCUUACACUGUACUCCAACAAAGGUGGUACCAGUGGCUCCCGCCCCAUUCCUGAGGCGCUCAUGGCGUUCUUCCAUCGGUACGCAAAGAAGAUCGGUAUGAUGCUUGGGCUCUAUCUCCUUUCCAUGGUCGUCAUCGUUGGUAGGUUUGUGAUGCCUGCAGCAAGUUUCUACACCUUCCGAAACCACGUUGGCAGUGUUCCAGCCGCUGCCAUCUUCGGUGCGGGUCUUUUCCUCCCUAAAACAUACAUCGUGACGUUCCUGCAUACCUACUUCUCUUCCCGCAGUCUGAUGCGUGAACUUUUGGAGCCUUACUUCUCGCGUGUCAAGUUUACCCCCGAGCAAAAGCGCCGGUGGUUCCGGGAUCGCGAAGGUGUUCUCUUUGGAUUUGCCUUUGCCUUCACGGUCGUCAUGCGAAUCCCCUACAUCGGUGUGCUUAUGUAUGGUGUUGCACAAGCAUCUACAGCAUACCUUGUUACUAAGAUUACGGACCCUCCUCCACCCCCCGCUGAGAGUGAGGGUUUCGCCGAAAGCCAGGUGACUUGGGCCAAUAAGCAUGACUUCUUGCGCCUGUCUCUUGACAAUCUCGAUAAAUUCAAUGUUGAAAAGCAGCGAGCCGACACUGGCUCGGGCUCCUCUGAGAAGAAAUCCUCUUGA